AUGCCAAAAGUUCCCCGGACGCAGCACAACAUACUCUGUUCACUUGAGGAGGCUGAUAGGAUAUCAAUGGAUCCUGUCCUGGAAAGAGACAACCUAAGACUCCAGAAUGCCAAGUCAUGCCAGAGCGGAAUCUGCCCGGUUGCUGACAAGUGUGUGGCUGGUUUCGCCCAAUUGGUUCAAGGCAGCCGGGGUGUGUUACCAGCUAGCACAAUACGAAUACAGAAUGGCUGUCUUCUGCAAAUGGGCCAAGCACGGUACUUUUGCUGUGUUAUGGGCGUGCCGUUCCGUGCCAGCUUCGUGCCAGCCGAACCAAUUUACCCAUGUCGUGAAGUCGGGACGAUCGAUACCGGAAUUACCACGGAAUGGGAGCGAUUGCGUGGAACUUUGGUCCCGUAUGAAUUAUCCUACCCAUGUCGUAAAGCCGCCCUCACAUACCUUACCGAAGGCAUUGGUUUCAUUCUUUUCGAUAACAAGGUACUCAGAUCCGCCUGGCACCUGAUUCUGCGUAGCAGGGUGGUCGACAACUGGGAGGUGCAACACCUGAACGGCCACUAUUGCCAUAGCUGGAUGAUGGCUGGCUUGGUCGUUGUAAUCAGACUAGGAAAAGGGUGGAAACGGGAAGAGUCGAAUUGGCGAACCUUCUCGGGAACCUUGAUUCUAAUUCCACGGCUCGACGAUGAGGUGGUUGGGAGCUUGCCGGCCAACAGCCCCAAGCAUGUCGCGAGUUUGAGUCUCGUGAAAAACCGCUGCAUCGCUACACCUGAGGCUGGUAAGAGAUUCCAGGGAUUUGCGGAGGUCCCCCGUGAGGGGGCUGAGCUUUUUCAUUUUGUUUCGACAUCAUCUGGCCAAUAUCUCACUGCCAACCACGUGGUCUCCAACUUCCUCACACCGAGGCAUACUCCCCUCCAUCGACCGUUAUUUGAGCAUUUGAGUAUAUUCAACGAAGGACAACUACGUACAAACGUAUCGACCAAGAGUCUCACAGGGUCAAUCCUUAAUAGAGACGAAUAUUUUCACCAGGACGAUGAGCGGCGUUCGCACCUAUUGGCGAGCGAUGAAUUCUGCAUUCGUUGUCGGGCUGCUGGAAGGAACCUUCUACUCAGCUCUGACCCGGCUAGUUCCCGCAUCCUAGGAGUCUCUGGUGUAAUUCAUCACUUCGCUGCCACCUGCGGGGGAGGGGGGAACGACUCAGGACUGAUUCCCGAAGAUAUCCUCACUUUCCCAGGUCAAGCGUAA